AUUGAAGUUGCCGGUGAGACGUCAUCUAUGAUUUGCUUUGUAUCCAAUGAUUACAAUUAUAUAUAAUAUGGCGGGUUACAUGUUUUGAAAAGAUGUUGUGAUAGUUGAUAACAGAGGUGUUUCAGCACGAUAAUAGGUUGAAACGCAACAAGUUUACGAGACCUCAUGUGCAUAACUUCUCAGCACUGAUGAUCAGCUGUGAGGAUGAGACGUGCAUUGUUAGGACUGUAGAGUUUCCAAUCAAAGAACAACAGAAGAUGCUAUGAAGCCUCAGAGUGUGGACACAAAUGCACCACAUAAUAGAAGAUAGAAGGGAAAGAGUUCUGGUAACAUCUUUGUGCAGAAGUUUCAUAACACCAAGGAACAAAUCUGUGAAGUAUUACGGAACGCCAUCUGGGUUACCAUAGUGCUAAGGGUACAUUGGCACAGACUGCAGCGCAGUGUCAUCGUCAUUCCUCUUGUGGUCAGUGAAUUUGCACGACUGGUGUGUGUGUUUGGAGUCAUCAGAGGUAGAUAGCCACGAGUAUACUGAAGACUGGAGGGAUCCUUAAGGAAGAAGCCAGCCAAAAUCAGCAUCUACAAGGCACUUACUGGAAGAGUACGCGGCUUAGCAGCGAUUACGUGACACCGAAACCAGUGAUCGUGUGAAACUGUAAUGAGCAAUAGCUUUUGAUUAAUUUUAUGGACACUAGGAUGGAAAAUACUAAACCAGAUGUGCUGCAGGACGGUCCGCUGGACGAACAGCGGAAGGAUAACGAUAAUGUUGGAGAUGCCAAUAAUUCGUUGUCGUCUGAAGCUUCUGUUGUGGAAGACAAUCGCAAUGAAGAAGUGAAGUUUCAGAGAGACAAAGUACAUACUGAUCCUCCCGUAUUCUCCCCACUGAAGAACUUUUCGUCCCGCCCGCCAACAGAUUCAGUAGCUCAUCCUAACGUUGGGAAACCGUUGCUACUGCGGCCGUCCGUGCUAUCGGGAAGUUCCGCUGAAUUGGGAAGUGCCGCAUCGAAACCGGACAGUGGUUCCUUUUCUUCUGCAUUUGGUGUGAGACCCAUGGCGUUUUCCUUUGCGACGGCAACUAAAGAUCAGGCAGGAUCGGCGAGGCCUUUCCUUCUGCGUCCCUCGAAACUGACAGCUCCCGUUUCAGAGCAAAACGACGGAACGGGAAAAUCUGCUGCAACGUCUAGCUUAUUCGGGGCCAAGCCCUCCAUUUCUUCCGAUUUAUCUAAGGAGCCUGCUGCCGGGUCAAGUCCGAGCAAGCCCAUUUUUCUUAGGCCCUCAAAGUUGGCCGUAGCUUCACCGGAGAAGGGGUCAGAUCCCAUUGCAGGUAAUGAUUCUGUUGGAGACGAAUCAAAGACCGUCGCUUCUUCUGAGUCGGGCUCAGAUGUUGGAGACGAAACAAAUGCCACGAAAUCUGCUGUUCUUAGACCUUCUCAGCUGGCUGCUACUACGGCAGAUUUGCAGAUAUCAGAAAAAACUGCACCUCCGAAGAACCCGUUCGCUAGAGUACCCGCUUUUAGCGAAGAUAAAGAGGAGAAGGAAGAGAAAGGGUUGGGAGAGAGUGGUGAUAGUCAGUGUGCAUCAGAAACUCAGGUUUCCAGUUCGACGGCGCUCCCAAAGUUUGUUCGGCUGACCACCGGAUCGUCUGUUGUCACUCCUGUGGUGUCGGUACCACCGGUCGUCAAUCCUGUUGUGACAGUGGCAUCUGCGCCCCCUACUUUUGUGUUCGGGCAGAACUUGUUAGACAGAGUAGAAACGAAGGAAAACAAUGCAGCAACUCAACAGCAUUUAGAAUCGAAUGGAGCUAAUUCCUCCGAAAUGUUGUUCACGUCGGUGAUCAGGAAGGAGGACAGCAACGACGGAAGCAACAGCGAAGGCGCGGAGAGGCCGCCGUCCAAGAGCCUGAGCGACGCGGCGAGAGAAUACGAAGAAUCGCGGGCCGCCAAGAGGAAGUACGAGGAGGUGGCCGUGGUCACCGGCGAGGAGGACGAGGCGAACGUGGUGCAGAUGAACUGCAAGCUGUACGCGUUCGAGAAGUCCAAGGGCACGUGGGUUGAGCGCGGCCGCGGCACAUUGCGUCUCAACGACCGCGAAUCGGCGCUGGGCGCACAGUCGCGCGUCGUGGUGCGCACGGCGGGCAACCUGCGCGUCGUCAUUAACACGAAGGUGUGGGCCGGCAUGGUGGUGGAGCGCGCCAGUCCCAAGAGCGUGCGCCUCACCGCCAUGGACACGACCGGCGAGGUCAAGGUCUUCCUCGUGUCCGGCUCCCAGAAGGAGACGGAGCAGCUGUACAAGUCGCUGGUGGCCCGCGUCGAGCGGCAGCGGGCUGCUAACGCGCACGCCUCGCCGCCCGCGCGCACGGACUCGGACGCCCCGCCGACCAAUCCAGAGCCGAAGCGCGUCGCGCAGGACGCCGACACGGGGGAGCCGGCCGCGACGCUCUAGGCACUGCCUUAGCUCUCUGCUGCUAGUUAGAGUCUGCCUUGUUCGUGUCGUGGCCUAUACAUGAUCGUCAUUGUUCACAAUUCCUUUCCUUUCACACCCCCGUAUCAUAUCUGCAGAUUAACACCACCAUUUGCGCCAUUCCUUCUGACAGCUUCGUCCUAAACACUUCUUUUUUCCAGUUUAUUUACUUGUCACGGUGUGUGUAUUUAUUUAUCCGGAUAUGUGACGAUAAAUGAUCACAUCAUGUGAACAGGAAACCCCUCGUUUAUAGGUCCACGCUGCAGAAUAGCGCUUUAAAUGUCGAUGGCGCCCUCCCCCGGGUGGCAGGUUACGUAAUCUGAAUGACGGAGUCAUGUUGUUGUUAAUAAAACACCGUCUGUAGGUACUGCCUCUCUGGAUGUUUCAUUAUCUGCUAUAAUUUCGUGGAAUGCUUUUAUUGGCGUUUCGGACAAACGGGUUAUUGUGCUGAACUUGGGAUACUGGUAGCCUCAUCCUCGGGGCCCACAGUGGCCGUGCUGACGUGAAAAUGUUAAUGAGCCCUGGGCCCUCAAAUGUCAGCUUUUUGAGUUUGACUUUGUGUUAACUGACACUCAGCUGCUUUGGACAUAGUCUCCUCUAACUAACCUGUUUCCCGCGGAAGUGCUGAAGUAAAGAGGCCGCUAAAAGGCGUUACACAAUUUCUUAUUUUCAUUUAAAUAUUUUACAAUUGCAGAUCUUUGCCCAAUUUGUGAUAAUUUUUUUUUCCUUUUUUUAGCAUUUCAUUGUAAUAGAUAUAUUGGCAGCAAUGAUCGAUGUGUUCGCUAUUAUCACUCGCUUCUCAGAAGCACUGUCUUGUGUACGUGUCCUACAUAGACUCGGAGACUAGUGGCACCUAUUAAAACUUGAAGUUUGUUGCUGUCCGUAUACUUUUUUGUUCUGUGAUUUGUUUCUAUGAUUAAAUUAGGAAAUAAAAUUAUCUUGUAUGGCCUUAACAGAUGAAUGUACUGAGACAAAUAAUGUAACAAUGUAGAUGUCGUUGGCGAAAUGACAAGCAUAUCAAAUGGCGUAUUGAAAAUGAUUGUUUAUGGAAUAAAGAAAAUAAUUUUUGA